GCCUGGAGCCCGGCCGCGCGCCGCGCCCCUGAUCGCAGAAGGAAGAGAGGGAGGGAGCGUGGGGUCCCCGGGCCCACGCCGGGUCCGGGAGGAGGCGCAGCGCGGCGAACCCGGGGACCGGCAGCCGGACUAGGAGCCUCCCCUCGGCGCGCAGCUGGCGCGACCAUGGGCUCCUGAGGCAGCCCUUCGUCUGCAGCAAAGGACGAGUCCCCACCGGCAGACACACCUGGAGCAGGUCCUCUCUGCCGCACCCGCACAGCUGCCCCCGGCCCAGCCCCUGGCACCAUGGACAAGCUGCCGCCGUCCAUGCGCAAGCGGCUCUACAGCCUCCCGCAGCAGGUGGGGGCCAAGGCGUGGAUCAUGGACGAGGAAGAGGAUGGUGAGGAGGAGGGGGCCGGGGGCCGCCAGGACCCCAGCCGAAGGAGCAUCCGGCUGCGGCCGCUGCCCUCGCCCUCGCCCUCGGUGGCCGCCGGCUGCGGGGAGUCCCGGGGUGCGGCCCUCGGGGCGACAGACAGCGAGGGGCCGGGCCGCAGUGCCGGCAAGUCCAGCACCAACGGUGACUGCAGGCGCUUCCGCGGGAGCCUGGCCUCUCUGGGCAGCCGGGGCGGCGGCAGCGGUGGAGUAGGGAGCGGCAGCAGUCACGGGCACUUGCAUGACUCCGCGGAGGAGCGGCGGCUCAUCGCUGCCGAGGGCGAUGCGUCCCCCGGCGAGGACAGGACGCCCCCAGGCCUGGCGACCGAGCCCGAGCGCCCCGGCGCCGCGGCACAACCCGCAGCCUCGCCGCCGCCCCAGCAGCCGCCGCAGCCGGCCUCCGCCUCCUGCGAGCAGCCCUCGGCGGACACCGCUAUCAAAGUGGAGGGAGGCGCGGCCGCCAGUGACCAGAUCCUCCCCGAGGCCGAGGUGCGCUUGGGCCAGACAGGCUUCAUGCAGCGCCAGUUCGGUGCCAUGCUGCAACCUGGGGUCAACAAAUUCUCCCUAAGGAUGUUUGGCAGUCAGAAAGCGGUGGAGCGCGAGCAGGAGAGGGUUAAGUCAGCCGGGUUUUGGAUUAUCCACCCCUACAGCGACUUCAGAUUUUACUGGGACCUGACGAUGCUGUUGCUGAUGGUGGGAAAUCUGAUCAUCAUUCCCGUGGGCAUCACCUUCUUCAAGGAUGAGAACACCACACCCUGGAUUGUCUUCAACGUGGUGUCGGACACCUUCUUCCUCAUCGACUUGGUCCUCAACUUCCGCACGGGGAUCGUGGUGGAGGACAACACAGAAAUCAUCCUUGACCCACAGCGGAUUAAGAUGAAGUACCUGAAGAGCUGGUUUGUGGUGGACUUCAUCUCUUCCAUCCCCGUCGACUACAUCUUCCUUAUUGUAGAGACUCGCAUUGACUCAGAGGUCUACAAGACUGCCAGGGCGCUGCGCAUCGUCCGCUUCACCAAGAUCCUCAGCCUCCUGCGGCUCCUGCGGCUUUCCCGCCUCAUUCGGUACAUUCACCAGUGGGAAGAGAUCUUCCAUAUGACCUAUGACCUGGCCAGUGCCGUGGUGCGCAUCGUGAACCUCAUAGGCAUGAUGCUCCUGCUCUGCCACUGGGACGGCUGCCUGCAGUUCCUGGUGCCCAUGCUGCAGGACUUCCCCCAUGACUGCUGGGUGUCCAUCAAUGGCAUGGUGAAUAACUCCUGGGGGAAGCAGUAUUCCUACGCCCUCUUCAAGGCAAUGAGCCACAUGCUGUGCAUUGGGUACGGACGGCAGGCACCCGUAGGCAUGUCUGACGUCUGGCUCACCAUGCUCAGCAUGAUCGUGGGUGCCACCUGCUAUGCCAUGUUCAUCGGCCACGCCACCGCCCUCAUCCAAUCCCUGGACUCCUCCCGGCGCCAGUACCAGGAGAAGUAUAAACAGGUGGAGCAGUACAUGUCCUUCCACAAGCUCCCGCCUGACACCCGGCAGCGCAUCCACGACUACUACGAGCACCGCUACCAGGGCAAGAUGUUUGAUGAGGAGAGCAUCCUGGGGGAGCUGAGCGAGCCGCUAAGAGAGGAGAUCAUCAACUUUAACUGCCGGAAGCUGGUGGCCUCCAUGCCGCUGUUUGCCAACGCAGACCCCAACUUUGUGACAUCCAUGCUGACCAAGUUGCGGUUUGAGGUCUUCCAGCCUGGGGAUUAUAUCAUCCGCGAAGGGACCAUUGGCAAGAAGAUGUACUUUAUCCAGCAUGGCGUGGUCAGUGUGCUCACUAAGGGCAACAAGGAGACCAAGCUGGCUGAUGGCUCCUAUUUUGGAGAGAUCUGCUUGCUGACCCGGGGCCGGCGCACAGCCAGUGUGAGGGCGGAUACCUACUGCCGCCUGUAUUCGCUGAGUGUGGACAACUUCAAUGAGGUGCUGGAGGAGUAUCCCAUGAUGCGGAGGGCCUUCGAGACUGUUGCGCUGGAUCGCCUAGACAGGAUAGGCAAGAAGAACUCCAUCCUCCUCCACAAGGUGCAGCACGACCUCAACUCAGGCGUCUUCAACUACCAGGAGAACGAGAUCAUCCAGCAGAUCGUGCGGCAUGACCGUGAGAUGGCCCACUGCGCGCACCGCGUCCAAGCUGCUGCCUCGGCCACCCCAACCCCCACGCCUGUCAUAUGGACCCCGCUUAUCCAGGCGCCACUACAAGCCGCUGCUGCUACUACGUCGGUGGCCAUAGCUCUCACACACCACCCUCGUCUGCCCGCUGCCAUCUUCCGGCCUCCUCCGGGACCUGGGCUGGGCAACCUCGGGGCUGGACAGACGCCAAGGCACCCGAGGAGGCUGCAGUCCUUCAUCCCUUCAGCACUGGGUUCUGCUUCGCCAGCCAGCAGCCCGUCACAGGUGGACACCCCAUCCUCAUCCUCCUUCCACAUCCAACAGCUGGCUGGAUUCUCCGCACCUCCCGGAUUGAGCCCUCUCUUGCCUUCCUCUAGCUCUUCCCCACCUCCAGGGGCCUGCAGUUCCCCACCAGCCGCCCCCACACCAUCCACCUCCGCAGCUGCUGCCACCACAGCUGGGUUUGGCCACUUUCACAAGGCGCUAGGUGGCUCCCUGUCAUCCUCCGACUCCCCGCUACUCACCCCACUGCAACCAGGAGCUCGUUCUCCACAGGCUGCCCAGCCGCCUCCCCCACUGCCUGGGGCUCGUGGAGGUCUGGGACUCCUGGAGCACUUCCUGCCGCCCCCACCCUCCUCUAGGUCGCCAUCAUCCAGUCCUGGGCAGCUGGGUCAGCCUCCUGGAGAGUUGUCCCCAGGUCUGGCAGCUGGCCCACCAAGUACACCAGAGACACCCCUAAGGCCUGAAAGGCCAUCCUUCAUGGCAGGGGCCUCUGGGGGAGCUUCUCCGGUAGCCUUUACCCCCAGAGGAGGCCUUAGCCCCCCAGGCCACAGCCCUGGCCCCCCAAGAACUUUCCCAAGUGCCCAACCCCGGGCCUCUGGCUCCCAUGGUUCCCUGCUCCUGCCACCUGCAUCCAGCCCUCCUCCACCCCAGGUCCCACAGCGCAGGGGCACACCACCCCUCACCCCUGGCCGCCUCACACAGGACCUGAAGCUCAUCUCAGCCUCUCAGCCAGCCCUCCCCCAGGAUGGGGCACAGACUCUCCGCAGGGCCUCGCCUCACUCUUCAGGGGAGUCACUCUACCCCAGAGCUGGGGGUGGAAGCGGGAGCAGUGGGGGCCUUGGGCCUCCUGGGAGGCCAUAUGGUGCCAUCCCGGGCCAGCAUGUCACUUUGCCUCGGAAGACAUCUUCAGGUUCUUUGCCACCUGCACUUUCUUUGUUUGGGGCAAGAGCCUCUUCUGGAGGGCCCCCUCUGACUGCUGCACCCCAGAGGGAACCUGGGGCUAGGGCUGAGCCAGUGCGCUCCAAACUGCCGUCUAAUCUAUGAGCCGGGCCUUCCCUCCCUCUUCUUUUUCUCUCACUCCUUUCUUCCUUCAGGUUUAACUGUGAUUAGGAGAUAUACCAAUAACAAUAAUAACCAUUAAAAAAAAAUAUACCCCAGAAAAACAAAAAAGACAGCAGAAAAUAACCAGGUAUUCUUAGAGCUAUAGAUUUUUGGUCACUUGCUUUUAUAGACUAUUUUAAUACUCAGCAC